GUUGAAGUUGGCCGGCUGUGCACAGUUCCCUCAGCUCCCGUAGCUCUGGCGGAGACUGCGCGAUGGGCGACCCGGAAAGGCCGGAAGCGGCCGGGCCCAAGCUGGAUGAGCAGUUAUCUUCAGAUGCCAACGAAAAUGAAGUGAAGUCAAAUGAAGAGCCACUCUUAAGAAAGAGUUCUCGCCGAUUUGUCAUCUUUCCAAUCCAGUACCCUGAUAUCUGGAAAAUGUAUAAACAGGCACAAGCAUCCUUCUGGACAGCAGAAGAGGUUGACUUAUCAAAGGAUCUCCCUCAUUGGAACAAGCUUAAAUCAGAUGAGAAAUGUUUUAUCUCUCACAUCUUAGCCUUUUUUGCAGCCAGUGAUGGAAUUGUAAAUGAGAAUUUGGUGGAACGUUUUAGUCAGGAGGUGCAGGUUCCAGAGGCUCGCUGUUUCUAUGGCUUUCAAAUUCUCAUCGAGAAUGUUCACUCAGAGAUGUACAGUUUGCUAAUAGACACUUACAUCAGAGAUCCCAAGGAAAGGGAAUUUUUAUUUAAUGCAAUUGAAACAAUGCCAUGUGUUAAGAAAAAAGCAGAUUGGGCCUUGCGAUGGAUAGCAGAUAGAAAAUCUACUUUUGGGGAAAGAGUGGUGGCCUUUGCUGCUGUAGAAGGAAUUUUCUUCUCAGGAUCUUUUGCUGCUAUAUUCUGGCUAAAGAAGAGAGGUCUUAUGCCUGGGCUCACUUUUUCCAAUGAACUUAUCAGCAGAGAUGAAGGUCUUCACUGUGACUUUGCUUGCCUGAUGUUUCGGUACUUAGUAAAUAAGCCUUCAGAAGAAAGAGUCAGGGAGAUCAUUAUUGAGGCUGUCAAAAUUGAGCAGGAGUUUUUAACAGAAGCUUUACCAGUUGGCCUCAUUGGAAUGAACUGUAUUUUGAUGAAACAGUACAUUGAGUUUGUGGCUGACAGAUUACUUGUAGAACUUGGAUUCUCAAAGAUUUUCCAGGCAGAAAAUCCUUUUGAUUUUAUGGAAAACAUUUCUUUACAAGGAAAAACGAAUUUCUUUGAGAAACGAGUUUCAGAGUACCAACGUUUUGCUGUUAUGACGGAAACCACAGAUAAUGUCUUCACUUUGGAUGCAGAUUUUUAAAAAUCUCCCCUGUUUUAAAACCCUAGCAACCUACUAUUGGUAGAUAG